AUGUACUCUGAAGGGAAUAUCAUUAUUAAUGAAAAAAGUAUUAAAUGGAUUGAACAAAUGAGUAUGAUAGAAACAACAGAUGAUGGGAAAUACUUAGGAAUUUUUGAAGACUUUUUAAGACAUGUUGAUAGUAAAGAGUUUAAUGAGAAAUUAACAUUAUUUAAUGAAGGAAAAGGAACAAAGAUUGUUGAUAAAAUUCUCAAAGUCUGUGUAGAGCCUAAUAUUCCAAUUGAGAAUGUAAGUAAAAUCAUUACCUGUUUAGCAUUUAUCACAAACAAUAAUUUUAAAACUAAAGAAUAUUUAUAUGAACAUAAUAUCAUUGAAGGAAUAGAAAACUUAUUAAUUCAACCUGAAAUAGUGAAAAUUAUUGAAGAACUUUUCAGUACAUUUGAAUAUGAAAGAAAGGUUACUACACAACUUACUAGUGUUCAAUUUGUUACUAGUUUAUUGAGUGGAUUAUUAACAUUAGUAACAAAUUGUGAAGAUAUCCAAAAAGAAAUUAGUGAGAAAGGUAUAAUUGAAUUAUUACUUCAACUCUUAUCAAAUGGAAAGCAGGCACCAAAUGAAUUAAUGACAAUUUAUGGAAGUAUUAUUGCAAUUAUUGACAGUUAUAUUGAAAAGUCAAUUAAAUUACUUCCUCAAAACACAAUUAAUAUUCUUAAAGAAUUAAUCUUUGAAGCACAAGCUAAAGGUAUUAGAAUUAUGGCAAUUAAAGCAUUGACUGAUAUUAGUGAUUUGAAAUUAGAAGAUUAUAGAAGUAUUUUUGAUGAAUUAAUCACACCUAUUGAGAAAGAAAUUGAGAGAACUAAUGAUGAAUUUAUCAAACAAUCAUUAUUAUUAUUGUUUAGAAGUAUUUGUAAUGAUGAAAAGAUUGAAAGUUAUAGAUUUAUUCCAUUUCUCAAUUCAUUAAUAGAAAUGAUACAAAGUACUAUCAAAGAAACUAUGAUUUGUGCAAUAGAAGCAAUAAAUAGUAUUGCAUUAAGAGAUGAUACAUUAAAUAUCUUAAGUAACAAAGUUGAAGAUAUUGUUAAAAGAAUCCAAGGGAUAGAAGGAGAGGGAUAUUCAUCUUUAAUGCUUUUACUUACUAAUAUGGGAAGAACUGAUGAAACAAUUAGAAAAUAUAAAACAUAUAAAGUAACUGAACAAAUAAUAGAAUAUAUUAAAAUACAUCCACAUGAUGAACGUGCAUUGCUUAUGUCUUUAUCAGUAAUCAAUUCAAUAUCUGUACUUCAUGAGAAUAGAGAUUAUUUAACAUUUGAUCUUAAUAUCUUUGAAGUACUUAACGAUUGGUAUAAUGUCUCAACUAACCAAGUCAUUAUCUUUAAUAUUCAACAAAUUAUAUCUCGUUUAAUAUUAAAUUCAUCCAUUCGUGCUGAACAUUUUAUGAACCUUCCAACUGCUCUUAAUGCUAUUAUAGAAACAGCGGGAUAUACUGUUCGACUAAUAAAAGAGAAAAGAACUCCUCAAACUUCUACAAGAGAAGUAAGAGAUGUCAGAGUAGCUUAUGAAGCAACAAGAAUACUCUGUAAUUUGAUUAAUUUUAAAAGUGAGUAUGCAAAUACUAUCAUGAAAGAUCCUUAUGUCAUAUAUGCCAUUCUUGAUUUAAUUCAUUCUCAUUAUCAAAUCUUGAAAGAUGAAGGAAAUUAUGCUUUAAAUCGCUUGAAACAAUAUGAGAUUAUAACUGAUGAUGAUAUUAAGAAAGCUGAAGCAAGUCGUAUUUGA